AUGUCAGCAAACAAAACAUUAGUCCCGGACGAUGAAGUCGACGAGCUCUCCUACCACUGUGUGCUCUACAACAUCCCCUUCGACCUGGCCGUCUCGAAGAUUGUCGAAUACAUCCUCCCCCCCGCGGAAUCCGCCUUCCUAACCGAGCUGAAAGAUCUUCAGGUGCAGCUCAUAACCCGACAACUUUGCACCUACAAAGAACAGCUCGAUACAAAGUUUGGCUUUUUUGAUUACGUCAUCCUUUCCGAAAACAAACUAGAGCGGGAGGCGAAAUUGAAGGUUCAUCGUUUAGUUCUCGACUGGAUUGCGCAAGGCUUGAUGCGAUCGCUUCAAGCCGUUGAAUGCAGUGCGCGGCUCGCGCAGCCGUCUUACUGCCAUUCCGCAAGUCGUUUUCUCGAAUGGAUGGGUCAACACUGCAAGAUUGUGACCCCGGAGUACACCAAAGAUCCUCAAAAAAUCCGGACAUUUUUACUAUCGCACGUUCAUUUUUUACGAGAAAAGGACAGCGAAACGGGCUCCCGCGAGGUAGAAGGCAAUGGGGUGGCGACCUUUUCGGUUUCCUGUCUAGCCCCCAAGGAAAUUGUUUGGCUCAAACGCACCCUUCUGAAAUUUCCGCCCAUUUUGGUGACUAAUGGCGACUUAUCUACCACACGCGUCGAUCCAAAGCAGUUGUUGGAUUUUUUUCACCAAGCCCUUGGCCCUUUGAUAAGGGUUUGUGUUAGUAGCGUGUCCAAUCCGAUUGAGAUCGGUGGAGGGGAUGAGGUGAAAGAGGUGAACUCGAAAAUAAAGGAGCAAAAUAAUAUCCUCGAGGGUAAGUAG